CAAGCCACUGGAGAAUAGACUUCCUCAUACAGUGCAGUUCUGACAAAACAAACCUGGAAAACUCUCUGGAACGCCAUUUCUUGAGCUUUUCAGGGAGGGAAGAGCUGGAAUAAGAGCUUUGUAAAGAUUUGCAGACAAACAAGGGAAAGCAUUUUAGCAGUAAUGGACAUAAUGAUUGUGGUGCAGGAUGCAUGUUUCUCUGGUCAGUGGUUUACUGCUAUAAUUCUAAGUCUCUGCUGCUUUCUGCCCUCCUGCUUGCCUGCUGGACAAACUGUGGACUUUCCCUGGAUCGGGGUUGAAACUGUGGUUAUUAGGCAAGGGGACACUGCUAUCUUAAGGUGCUACCUUUCAGAUGGCCAGUCAAAAGGAGCCUGGCUGAACCGUUCCAGUAUCAUUUUUGCAGGGGAUGAUAAGUGGUCAGUAGAUCCUCGUGUAUCAAUUGUGUCAGGCUCUGGAAGUAAACGGGAAUACAGCCUUCAGAUAAAGAAAGUGGAUGUUACCGACGAUGGACAAUACACUUGUUCUGUCCAAAGUCAGCAUACCCCACGGACAAUACAGAUUCAUUUAACUGUAAAAGUUCCCCCGAAGAUAUAUGAGAUUUCCUCUGAUGUUAUUGUAAAUGAGGGCAGCAAUGUCACACUUUAUUGCCUGGCCAACGGGAAACCAGAGCCCACAAUUUCCUGGAGACACAUAACCCCAUUAGCCAAGAAGUAUGAAAGUGGAGAGAAUUUAAUUAUCACCGGCAUCACCAAGGACCAAGCUGGAGAUUAUGAAUGCAGUGCUCAAAAUGACAUAUCAUUUCCUGAUAUGAAGACAGUGAAAGUUACAGUCAACUUUCCGCCAACAAUAUUGGAAAUGAAAUAUGCUGGAGUGGGUCUGGGACGCACUGCACUCCUAAGGUGUGAAGCAGCUGCUGUACCCUCUCCGGUGUUCGAAUGGUACAAAGGUGAAAGAAGGCUCAUUAAAGGGCAUGGAAUUAAUAUUCAGAACCUCAGCUCAAGAUCUGUUCUCACUGUGUCCAACAUGACAGAGGAUCGUUACGGAAACUACACGUGUGUUGCUACCAACAACCUUGGAACAGCCAAUGCCAGCAUGCCUCUAAUCCCAAUUAUUGAACCUACCACUACUAGUGCUGUCUCAAGCCCAGAGCAAGCUGAUCUCCACAGUCCCAAGAAUGAUAAGAGUGACCGAAUCACAGCCUACAGUGUAUAAAACGUAUUCAACAAUGUUUGGAUAUUUUUCACUGUAGUAGUAAGUCAAAUGUUUCCCCUGCUCUGCUAUUGAGAGACAGAAAAGUAAGCCCUGUCUUUAAAUAUAUGAGGAGAUAUAAACUUUUUCUUUCAGCUUUUCAUUGUACCUCAAACUGGUAGACCAGAAAGCUUGUCAUAGUCCAGAUGUGUCCUCUUCAAUUUAACAGUAAAAACAUUGAAGGAUUUAUCACAUCAUACUGUACAGUAUAUUUUAAAAUCAUUUAAGUUUUUGUGGAUUCUUUGAUUGAUUAAAUUAUCUUAAUAAUGUAACAUUAACUGCAGCUCUUUUAGCAUAUACUCUAAAAGCCUUUGCUCUGUAUGUAGGAUGGGAUCUAAAGACUUGAUAAUGUUAUCUAUACUAGGCUAUUUCUGGAGUAUUGUGCACAGUUUGUAGCUGAGAUGCAAGACAUAAGUUGUGUAAAGAGGAGUCAUGUGUCCUCAACAUACUGCAUACCAAAAGGCUAUGGUUGGAGCAAGUUAGCUGAAGUCUGUUUCAGUUCACAGUGGAAAUAUAGGAGCAAAUGUUUUUUGAAGUUUUAAAGGACAAAUUAAUGCUGUUCCAAUUCUCCUUGGAUAGUGCUUGUUUGUAUCACUAAAUUGUGAUGAAGAUUGGAUAUUCUCAUUAAGCGUAAUAUAAGAGAACAAAUUAUUAUUAAUCCUGUAAUAGGACUGAAAAAAAAUAAAUAGUAAUAAAAAAGCUUCAGGUCAAACAUAGUUGCAAUUUGUGGCACAAAUAAGAUACUGUACAAAUUUAUGUUGUCUUGGAAGUUAUAAAACCACCUAGAUUUGAAAUGGACUUAUGUUUGUUAUGGCUUUAUUUUGUUUUGUAUUUUGAAUUUGUAUUUUUCCAAUUAUUGUUCAUUUAUAUAGUUUUCGUUUAUCUCAGUUAAUAUAAUAGAUUUUCUCUUUUUUUUUUGCUAUGACCAAAGUAAGCACAUUUUUAAUUUAUUACAUAACCAGCUCAUUGAAAUCUAGUUAAUUUGAUCAGCCAGAGUAUUUCAUAAUCAAUAUCUGAGCCAAUAUACUAUAUUCCUAUACCAUAAGAAAGAGCCUGCACAUACCUCUUUAACUAAUGAUAGGAACAUUGUACAUUAUUUCUCUCAGUCUUAAUAAAUUAAACGUAAUUCCCAAGAAAACUAAAUGAAACCAAGUAGCAAAUAGAGAUUUUUUUGGUAAUUUAACUGAACAUUAAACGCAUCCUUUAAUCGACAAAAUAGCAUAGCCAGAAGACAUAAUAAAGACUGAAUUACUAUGCAGUCCUUACUAUGUAGUGGUUAUUUUAAAAACAUCUUUCGUAUAAUAGAAAAGAUUAUUACGUCUUUUUUUAUUAAAUUCUGCAUCUCUUCUUCAGGGCUUAAAUAUCAUUUAGUAAUGGUUAAUCAUAAAAAUGACUUACUGUAAGUUCCUCAAAAAUGGUGCCCUGGGGUAGCACAUGGUUAAAGGUUUAGUAUGACAACUGAUAGCAAGCAGAUUAGUAACUGCUUUCAUCCUUUCAUGCUAGAGGAAGUCUUGAUGGUACCCCCUAUGGCCUAAUAACCUCAGGGAUUUCAUUCACAUAUUGCCUUUUCCUCAUCCUGUGUGUUAUAUUUUGAAGAGAUCAAUAAUUUCCCUGCUGCACCAUGAUAAAGAGCCCAACUUACUGCACCACACUUUCUGUAUUAGAGAAAAUCCCUGACAGAUAUCUUGGAGAGAGCAUGAGCCUGAAAUGUCAAGAUAUAAAGCACAAAAUUUGUAAUGACAUCCAGCGCAACUAAUUUCUGUUUUGAUGUACUUAAUUUACAUUUUUGGAUGUGCACUAAGCAGCUUUUGUCGACUAUCAAUCUGGUACUUAACAACAAUAGAUAAAAACAAACCAAAGCAAACCUAGAAAAUGUAGACUAAAGCCAAGAAAAAAAUGAAUGCAUGCCCAUUUUCUUCAUAGCUUGCCCAUCUUUAAAUGUUAUUGGCACAGAGAAUAUAAAUACAGCCUUACCUAAGGCCAAGGGCUGUGAAAGGCUUGACUCAAAUGAAGUGAUAAAGUAGCUUGGGAUUGACUGCUACUACUUCUCUUAUUGCUUCACUUUAGCUUCAAUUUGGGCUCAAGUUCCCAGUUGCUAGCUUCAGGCAUGUCAACAAUUUUGCUGUUAUGCUCAGUUAAAAAAAAAAAACACUUGACCCAUUUUCAAAUUCAAGAGAGGGUUUCAGCCCAAAAACACAAAAGUCAAUGAUUGGAGACUGUGUUGUCAACAGAACAAUACAAGGUAAUUGGGUAAAGUAGCUUUAUAUAACACUAAUUGUGAUGACAAAUGAAAAAAUACAAAAACCAUGCUUGUAAUUUUUGUCAAUUAAUUAGCUAAAAAACAAUAGGAUUUUGACAUAUAGAAACAUGUUCCUCCAACAUAGGCAAACACUCUAUCUUCAUUAGGGUUUAAAUAAUAAAAAACACGAAUAUAUGGAUUUUUUAUGUAAGGCUAGAAAAAAUAUUUCACAAUUUUAAUUUAUCAAAGACAUAUUCUGCAGAAAUAAGGAUGGAACUGUUAAUAGAGAGUGGGGAGAUUGUAUUCUUGUAACAGUAUUUACAUGUUACAUUGUUUUCAUUAGUAUAAAUUUUUAAUAUACAGUACAGUAAGGUUGUAUACAUCAUGUUAGGUUAUGAAGCUUCAGUGAAUCAAUGUUAAAUCAUACCUCUCAAAUGGAGAACAAUUGUACUACUGAGAAGGUAGAAUGUACAUUAUUCGAAACAACAGAAAUAAAAACAAAUUGCUUCAGAAUGUUGUAUGUUCUGUAUAUUGUAUACUGUAUAGUGCUUGAGUGGUGUUGUAGAACAUGUGAUCUUUCAGAUACUGGAAUUUAUAAAAUUUGGUUACUGUCCAUACUUUGGACAUUACAAAUUCUGUGAAAUAUUACAGAACAUAUUAAUCAUUAGGUUAUUGUGUACUUCCAAACAGAAAAAAAACACCCAGAGAGAUAUAGUUUUGUCCAUGCUUCUCUUUUAGUAUUUCAGUAGGAUAUCCUGAAUAUGUUGUACUGUUCUUUUCUGCCUUUCUGCUCUGUAAGACUCUUAACUGAUUUGGUUGUAUACCUGUAAUAAAGUUGCUCAUUUUAACAUGACAAAACUUUCUACUAAUAUUGUUUAAUUUUUUUUUCUCUGAGACCCCAUCCCCUGCAAAAACACAAUGAUUUAUUCCUAAAAUUAAAUUUUGAAUGUCUGCUGCAUUAUGGAUGAUGCAAAUAUGUGGAUGAUGCAACAGC